UUAAAUCAAAGUUCGAUUUAUUUCGAUUUAUUGUGAACAUGGUAAUUUAAACAUAACCUAUAUAAAAUCGUCGUAAACUGAUUGUUUAGAAAAAAGUUCCUUCGUAUAUAGUUUAGAAAUUUUAUAUUAUUAUAAAGUGAAAAAUGCAGGAAACAUCUACUAUAAAGUCCAUGAUUAGCAAUAGAAACCGUGAUUGUUUGGGCUGUAGAAUUUUCAGUGGCUGCGGUCUUAUUGGUUCCGGCUUAUAUGUUGCAUAUCACUCAAAAAAAUUCCAGAAAUGGACUGGAAAAACGACAAUGUACACAAUGGGAAGCGCUUUAAUGCUGCUUGGCACUGCACGAGUUUUGGACCUCCCUCCAUUUCGCAAACAAUCUAACCAUGGUUAACUUGUAAACGAAUAUUUAUUCAACUUUCAUUACUUAUACAAAUAUUUUGAUAUCAUUUUGUUAUCUGUUUUUAUAUUUUUACUAUAACUGUGAAAUAUAGAUACAGAUAUAGCUAUUUGAAAAAACAUCGCAUCUAUUUUCGUAUUUGUUUUUUUAUGUAAAAAUAAACAUGAUCACUAAUUUUUGUUAACGUAGACUAGUAAAUCUGUUUAGAAGCUAAUAAAGAAGCUAAUAAACAAACGAUAUUAACGCAAUUUUUAUUACAAAAGAUAUAAUUUUCGCAGUUGAUUGAAUCGUUAUCAUCAUCAAUCAUAUUUCGAUUCUAAUUAAACUAGAAUCGAAAUAUUAUUAUGCAAAUCCUCGAAAAUUUUAUCGCGCUGGAUCAAUAGUUUUAUUACUGAAAAUAUUUUAUAUAAUUUUUAAAUAUUAUUCUAUUCGUGUAAUUAACUAGAAAUUUGGCUAAAACUAAUGCAAAUCAUAGAAGAAAUAAACGAAUAUGAAAUCUGUACAGCAAA